CUUCAUGUUGAGCUCCAACAUUCACGAUGCUGCGCUUGGUGCUGCUGCUGCUGCUCGGCGGCACACACGCCACUCACUUUUUGGGCACAAUGAUGACCUACUACCCAAAGCAAAUUAAUACAGAUGGAACCGUAAUGGUGAGUUUUCGCUACAAGCUGGGCUUCACCUCCUGCAUCCACUCUGACAUGUGGUACUGCUCUCCUUACUGUGGGAGCCUGAAUCCCACACUGCAGCAGAUCGACCUGGAGCCCAGCGGAGAAUGGUGUCAGCGAGAAGGAACGAUGACGACUGUUAUUAAUCCAAGCUUUGUAACCCAGCUUGAGUUUGCGGGUGGGAACUGGAUAUGGGAAAUCCGAAAUAACGUUGUAUCUUGGAGAGCUUUGACUUUUGUGGAACCGGGAAAACGAUCGGAUACCAGGAAGCCAAACGUUUCCCCUCAGAGCACCAUCAUUCCAGCAGUGAGGGUUCCUUCAAACUGUCAAAGAGAUUUCAACUUGAUGGCGUUUGACCCUGACGGAGACAAAGUUGAAUGCAGAUUUGGAUCUGAUUCGUUGAAUGAAUGUUGGCCUUGUGCUCCCCCAUCCGUUCUCAACCUGUCAUCGACCUGCACGCUCUCCUUCAACAGAACCAACAGCACCGAUGAAGGAUCGUACGCAGUGCAGCUGGUACUGGAGGACUUCCCACAGCAAACAAUUACAUUGACUCGUGUUAACGGGGUUCAGGAAACCAAAACGACCAGUCAGGCAAUCAGCAAAAUACCACUCCAGUUUGUUUUACAUGUGGAUCCUGUUGUACCAUCCUGCACAGAAGGAUUGUUUCUUCCAAAGUUUCUUCCUCCAACUCCAGCAAACAGAGCCAAGUUGUCUACCAAAGUGAAUCAACCCCUGAAAAUCAGCAUCGCUGCCGAGGCUGCUAAUGCUACAAUCUCUGAGCUGCUGUUCAGCGGCCCGGCUAAUGCAUUUAAGAAUUCAUCAGGAUCUGGAAACUUCACUCUGACAUGGACGCCAUCGGUCAGCGAAGAAGGAGAGAGCCACCCCAUCUGUUUCAUUGUCCAGGCAAUGCUGAAUUCACAGAAAUAUCACUCUGAGCUUCGAUGCGUCAUUGUGCAAGUCGAGUUUGGGUUGGUGGCUCGAGUGAACAUGAAGGUUUUGACUUCACUGUCGCCGGGAGGAAGCGUCAACGAAGUCGUCCUGCAAAAGAUUAAAGAGGAGCUGGUGAGCCUGGGGUUGCCAUCCAACAGCUCUCUGCUGGUUCUGAAAAGCAGCAGUAGACCAGCCAAUGCAACAGCGACAUCUGGUGUUUAAUCAUGGAAAGUGCAACGUCUCCACGCAGGAGUUUUACUGCUGCAGCUUUUAUAUGAUUCAUUCUUGGUUUGAAUAUAUUUAACGAUUUAAUCCACAAUUUGUGCCUUAAGUUUUGAUCCAUUCAUUAAAUAUUUGUAUCUUAUUUUUUUAAGAUUCUUCUCAGGUUUGCAUAUAUUUUUCUGCUUCGAGUUUGAUGAAUCAAGCUAAAUAGUUUUAUUCAGACACUCUUUAAAUAAUUUCAAUAAAAUCCAACAUUUUGACUAUU